AUCGGGACUCGUGACAACAUCUAUCACUGGCUUGAUCACGUUCACGACAACGACAUCAUGAACUUCUUCAAUGGUCUCAGUCAGAACGCAACGAGGUUAUUGAUCGGCGCUGCUGUGGGUACAGCCGUGGUACAAAGUGCUAUAUAUGAUGUUCCGGGAGGAUAUCGUGCAGUUCUUUUCGACAGAUUCUCAGGAGUCAAGCCAACUGCAAGCGGCGAGGGAACACAUUUCUUGAUUCCGUGGCUCCAACGAUCCAUCCUGUAUGAUGUGAGGAUCAAGCCGAGGAAUAUUUCUACGACCACCGGGUCCAAAGAUAUGCAGAUGGUCUCAUUGACACUUCGAGUCAUGUCUCGACCAGAUAUGAACCAGCUUCCCAAGAUUUAUCAAAACUUGGGUCUCGACUACGAUGAGCGUGUCCUGCCAUCUAUCGGAAACGAAGUGCUCAAAGCCACCGUUGCUCAAUUCGAUGCUUCCGAACUGAUCACCAACCGAGAGAUUGUUUCCGCUCGAAUCCGUGAUGACCUUUUGAACCGAGCGAGAGAAUUCGGUAUCAUGCUGGAAGAUGUCUCCAUCACCCACAUGACAUUCGGACCUGAAUUCACACGAGCCGUUGAGCAGAAGCAGAUCGCUCAACAAGAUGCCGAGCGAGCCAAAUUCGUCGUCGAGAAAGCAGAGCAAGAACGUCAAGCUGCAGUCAUUCGCGCAGAGGGAGAGGCAGAAGCCGCAGCAACCAUUUCCAGAGCUUUAAACAAGGCUGGAGAUGCUUUCGUAGCGUUCAAAAAGAUUGAAAGUAGUCGAGAAAUUGCCGCCUCGCUUUCUGGCUCGAGAAAUGUGUCCUAUGUCCCUGCUAGCAGUGGCAAUCUUUUGAUUCAGGUGCCCACUACUCCUCAGGCGUAAGAAAGUCCUUGUAAAUGAUGAAUGAUGCAAUCACAUUUCAUGAGAG